AAGAUGCUUCCAUGAGUUUCUCGAAUCCUUUUUCCCCUUCUCCAAGUCAUUGAGCGCAUAUAAAAGGAGACACUACGCACGCAUUUGUCAUACUUAUCCAGCAAUACAGUGUGAAGUUUAGUCGGUAAGUUUACUCCAUUAGAGCAGUUACCUCUUUCUCUUCGGGAAGCCAGUAAGCAAUCAUUUGACAGUAGAGAUGGCAACUUCACUUGUUCUCAGAAGGGCGGCCACUGCCUCAGCACUCCUCAACAGGCUAGUCAACCCGGUUCGCUCUGCCUCUGUUGCUCCCUCUGUUUUCCGGUCCUUCAACACCAACGCUCAGAUGACAACUUUCGACGAUGACGAUGAUCGCAGCGUUGAUGUUGAUCGCCGCUCCGAUCGCUCCGUCUCUCGCGGGCGUGACUCUUUCCCUGGCUUCUUCUCAGAUGUGCUUGAUCCAUUUUCACCACCAAGGAGCGUGAGCCAACUACUAAAUAUGAUGGACCAAAUGAUGGAUACUCCAUUCACGGCACCGCGUGGUAUGGGUACUGGAGUUGGAUCAAGGAGGGGAUGGGACGUGAGAGAAGAUGAUGAUGCCUUGCAUAUUAGAAUGGACAUGCCUGGGCUUGACAAGGAAAACGUGAAGGUGUCGGUGAAGCAGAACACUCUGAUCAUCAAGGGAGAAGGGGAGAAAGAAUCAGAGGAUGAAGAGUAUAGGAGAAGGUACUCUACCAGACUUGAAAUUCCUCAAAAUCUCUACAAAUUAGAUGAGAUUAAGGCGGAGAUGAAGAAUGGUGUUCUUAAGGUGGCGGUUCCUAAGGUGAAGGAAGAAGAGAGGAAAGAUGUUUUCCAUGUUCAAGUUGCUUGAGCUUUUAAUGCUUAGUUUGUGUUUGAGUCUGGUGUUAUAAACAUUUUGCUUCUUUUCCCCUAGCUUUUGGAUGUAGUAAUUUUCUGUGUGGAAAAGUAAAAGACGACCUGCUAAAAAAGAUACGGUUGUAAGUGCCGCUUUAGAUUAAUUGGAAGUUGAGUAUAAUAAUCUGCUUCUCCUAGCUGCAAAAAGUGUGUGGGGCGUUAUGAGUUUUAUUUUGCUGUACCAACUGCAUUGCAAGAGAAGAUUAUUUAAAAGCAAGCUAUCAUUAUUUGAAGCAAGGGUCAAGAAAAAACUUCUGUAUGAAGAUUGACGAACAAAGUUAAGGAAGUUGGAUAGAAGGGUUGAAGUUGCAGAAAAUCAGUUUAUCUUAGUGGGUAUAUAUAUAUUCAGUUUUAUCUCUAA